CCUGUUUGUGGGCCUGGACUGGAAACACUCUCCAUCCACGACUGCAAAACUAGAAGCACUCACAUCACACACACACAUAUCUCAGCGAUCAACUACUGACAAUGACAUUAAAAAACCGACAUAAGAACAGCUCCAGCGAGAAGAGCCCCGCAUCCAGCCAAGAGGAUGCGUCGAAGAAAAGCCCGAAGAGCACAACUACAAACGGAGUGAGUGGCUCCGGAGCCCAGGGGCCACGGUCACGGAGCUGCCUCGGACUUGUUGUGACCACAGUGUUUUAUGUUGCGUUAAUAGGCGCUGCAGGGUUCGCUGCUUUUUAUCUUCAACAAGUAGUGGAAGAAAUCCGGCAGACCAACGCCAGACAUGAGGAGAGCGCACAGCAGAACGCAGAGCUGAACAGUAAAAUGGAGAGUGUCGUUCAACAGGUGGAGUCUCUGAGGAGCGUUGUGGACGGGCUGGAGUCGUCACUGGGCAUCACACGGGUGGAGCUGGAGGGAGCCAUCAGCCGGAUGAAGAGGGGCGAAGUGGAGACGAGGAGGGUGGAGGAGGCUCUUCAGAACCUCCAGAACAAUCUACUCAGGGAACUCUCAGAGGGCAUCAAAGAGGUAAAGGAGGCUCGUGAGAGGGACUUCUCCUCUCUGGAGAAGACUGUGGAGGAGCGCCUGGCUGAGGUGAGUCAGUCCAUCACAGCCAACAUGGCGGAGUUCACCGAAGCUCAGGGUGAGGCGCAGACCCAGCUGGCUGAUCUCAAAGCCCGUCUGGGUGACAUUGAAGACCCUGCGCUCAUCAAACAGGAGCUCUCUGCCAUUGUUGAUACUGUGGCUGAAAUCAAAACUGCCAAACAGGCGGCUGAUUCCUCAGCGAAUUCACUCAGCGAGCAGAUCGGUGCUGUGAGGGAAGAGCUCCAGACUCGCAACCAGGAGGUGGCCUCUCUGUCUCAGGAGGUGCAGACAGUGAGGUCAGUGAUGCAAGAGGCUGUUGGGAGUCUGAGGCAGGCGGUGACUGAGGCAGAGGCUGGAGUUCAGGCUCUGAAGGAGAAAACACUGAUAGUGGAGAGUGAGGUGGAGCAGGCCACUGAUGCUGUUCGUGGUGUGGAGAAGCAGGUGGAGGCAGCAGCAGCUCAGGCCCAGAGAAGGACAGAUGAUCUUGAAGUUAGAGUUAAAGCAUCAGAGGAGAGUGGAGACUUACUCUCUGCAUCAAUGUCAGAAAUUACCUCCAAAGUGGAAUCACUAUUUGCAAAGUAUGACACCCAUGAAAGCACUCUGGCUACUCAGGGGCAGGCUGUGGAGAAAGCCAAAACCGGAUUGGAGCGGGAGCUGGAGGCACUGAAAAGCAGCCUGGAGCAGCUCCAGGCCAACAUGGCCGCUCUGGAUGGUGCCCAGACCCAGCUAGCUUCUAAGGACUCCAGUCUGGAUCAGCAGGUGGAGGACCUGGAGAAGAGGCUUGCUGCUCUGGAGGCCAGCAGCAGCAGCAGCAGCAGCAGCAGCAGCAGCAGCAGCAGCAGCAAGAGCAGCGUGAUGCCUGAGCAGCUGGAGAGCUUACGCAGCAUGGUGGCCGGAUUGGAAGACAAAGCAGCCAAAUUAGAAGGCCACGAUCAGGCUAUUGCUGCUCUUCAGAAAGCACUGCAGGAGACCACACAGACACUCGCAGGCUUAUCCAAAGCACCCAGCAAGAAAAAGUAGGGACCUUCAGCUCGCAAAGUGACAUCAGGAUACCAAAACAUCCAACAGCAGGGACAAUAAUGAAUCCAAAAGGGUGACCAAAACCCACUAUUCCUAAUUUUAUGAAGAAUUAUUACUCAAAACUUGAUGGUGCACAUUUUAGUAGAGAAGAAGUGAGGAAAACUAGGUUAGGUCACGAUAGAGGGGCAGAGCUGGACUGCUGAUCUGUGAAUUCAAAUCCACACCUAUUCUGCACUGUAGUUUUAUUUUCUAGUGUUUUUAAUUGUUUUGUUAGAAUUAAAAUUUUCCAAGCCAAGGCUGUUUUAUGAACCUCCAAAUGCAAUAAUAAGCUCUUGUUGAGCACUCCUUUGUUUACUCACUACGUUUUUAUUGUUUUGGUUUUUUUGUUU